UUAUUACGGUUGACCCUUCUUAUUCAGGCCGCCUUGUGCUUCUCCUUCGCAUUCCUCUCUCGUUCUGUCUCCGCCGGCAAAAGUGACCGUUUCUUACCCUGCUUCCUUCCUCCUUCUCUCAGCCUCCAGGUGUGGAAUAGAAAAGAGAAGAGGGGCUAGAUCGGUUGUAGAUUGGAGUAUAGAAUAGUAAUUAAAAGUAACGUCUUUCUCUACUCUUCCGAAGAACAAGGGGCAGUCCAUCCGAUAUCGUCUUCGACCUUUGAGUGCUCAUCUUUCCCCUGGGAGGAUGAUGAACAGUACGAGCGCUUCUCCGGCCGCGCCGAUCUCUGCUUCUGGGGAUGGGUCGGACGCGAGGAGGAAUUCCAAGAGACCUAAAUAUUCAAGGUUUACACAGCAAGAACUUCCAGCUUGCAAGCCAAUUCUCACUCCUCAGUGGGUGAUCUCUAUUUUCACUUUGGUUGGCAUAAUCUUCGUCCCCAUUGGUGUUGCUGCGCUGCUUGCUUCUCAUGAUGUUGUUGAAAUUGUUGAUCGAUAUGAAACAGAUUGCAUUCCAGGAAAUGAUAAGAUUGGACACAUUCAGAAUCCAACAAGUAACAAAACCUGUAUACGGGUACUAACGGUACCCAAGGAUAUGGAUAAACCUGUUUAUGUGUACUAUCAACUUGACAACUUCUAUCAAAACCAUAGGAGGUAUGUCAAGAGCCGAAAUGAUCAGCAGUUGAGAGAUAAGAACAAAGCUAAUGAAACUAGUGGCUGUGACCCAGAAAAGACUACUGCGAAUGGAGUUCCUAUUGUCCCUUGUGGUCUUAUAGCAUGGAGUUUAUUCAACGACACAUACAAUUUCACCCAUAAUAAUGGUAAAGCUCUGACAGUUAACAAGAAGGAUAUUUCAUGGAAGAGUGACAGGAACCACAAAUUUGGAUCUGAUGUCUUUCCCAAGAACUUCCAGAAUGGUGCCCUAAUAGGUGGUGGAAAGCUUAAUCCUAAAAUACCGUUGAGUGAGCAGGAAGAUCUCAUUGUUUGGAUGCGUACUGCAGCCCUGCCAACAUUUAGGAAGUUAUAUGGGAGGAUAGAGGUGGAUCUCAAAGAGAACGAUACCAUUACAGUGGUACUAGAGAACAACUACAAUACUUACACAUUUGGUGGUAAGAAGAAGUUGGUUCUUUCAACCACAAGCUGGCUUGGUGGAAAAAAUGACUUCCUUGGCAUUGCAUAUCUUUCUAUUGGAGGAGUUUGCUUCUUUCUGGCAACACUUUUCACGGUCGUUUAUUUGUUAAAGCCUAGGAAACUUGGUGAUCCGUCAUAUUUGUCAUGGAACAAUAAUCGCUUAAUGCAGUAGCUGUUCUAAAAGCUGACACAACGGUUCGCUAAUGGCCUUUUUGUUUUAUUCAUGUACUAUGUUUGUAGGGACCUUUGCAGAUUGAGACUCGGUUUGACAAUAUGAAUGUGUAAUUAGUUGAAAUUUCUUGUAAUUUGACGAUUCUUCACUUCAAAUAUACCUUUUUUUUUGCCAUUA